CAAUUUUGACGUGGCGACGUUAAAAGUAAACAUUACAGCACAGUACCAUAAAUAAUUUUCCCAUUUUGUCGAUAAUUUAAAUUGGAAUUGGGGGAAAACUCUGAGAUAAUUUGCAGGAAAACUGUUUAUUUGUCGGCUUGUUAUAGGGUCGUGCACGAGAUCAUAUGCUGCUUAUGAAAUAGUUUUAAUGGUCAUUAUGUGUUGAAUGAGGAGGAAAGGUCGAACUAUCGCAACAAAGAGUCUCGCAGAACGUACUGUACCUUCCCACGGAUCACAACGAAAUUAUCGCUCGCAAUUCCCGCAAAACUUGUGCCGCGCCAUCAAAACAAAGAAAAUCCCCGUGCGAGAGAAUUCAUGUCAAAUUACAUUGAGGAAAAGCUUCCGAACGUACGCACAUCAUUCGUCAGCAGCAGAGAAAUGACCGGCGAAAAUUCAACGACAGCUACGAGUCGCAGCAAGAAGGACGAAGACGACGAACUGCUACCAAAUAACGAUGAAAAGGUAAAGCGACGUUAUGACGAGUCGGCUGCACGAAAGCCCUCCAUGGCGCUCAUGAAAAUUAAAACAUAUCUGACGGCAUUGCGACCCUGGUCACUUUCCGCAAGUCUUGUACCGACAUUACUGGGAUCCGCUAUCGCUUACCGCAGCUAUCAGGACUUUAAUCCGCUCACCUUUGUCUUGACCAUUUUCACAAUUAUCAGUGUGCACUGCGCCGGCAACGUCGUUAACACGUAUUUUGACUACGUGAAGGGCAUCGACAACCGCAAAUCCGACGACCGGACAUUGGUGGAUCACAUUUUGUCCAAAGAUGAGGUUGUUCUCCUCGGAGCCGUUCUCUACAUGGCCGGAUGUGUAGGUUUUGUGCUGCUCGCGUAUUUGUCGCCCGCUAAAAUGGAGCAUUUGGCACUCGUGUACUUUGGCGGUCUCUCCUCGAGUUUCCUCUAUACCGGAGGCAUCGGUUUGAAGUACAUCGCACUGGGCGACUUGCUGAUUCUCAUCAUUUUCGGACCAAUUUCCGUGCUUUUUGCGUACAUGUCGCAAACGGGUCAUGUUGAAUGGAGUACAAUUUACUACGCCAUUCCGCUGGCCCUCAAUACCGAAGCCAUUUUGCACAGUAACAAUACGCGCGACGCCGAAACCGACAAGAAAGCGGGCAUCGUAACGCUCGCCAUCAUCAUUGGACACACAGCAUCACAUGUGCUCUAUGCAUUGCUUCUGUUUUCGCCGUACAUCACUUUUGUGGUAUUCAGCAUGAAAUACUCGAUAUUUUUCCUGUUGCCACUCAUCACGUUGCCGCAGGCCUUCAAGAUCGAGAAACAAUUCCGCAACGAGACGACGCUCCAAAGUGUACCGCGUCAAACGGCCAAGCUGAAUUUCUUCUUUGGCAUUCUGUAUGUGCUUUCGGUUUGCUUGUCGCCACGACUGCCGAUCAUGGGACGGAUGUGAGAACAUUUCUUUUGUACUUUCACGUAAAACGAACGCAAACUAUGGGUUGAAAUGCAUGAAAAGGUGCAAAAAAAUAGAUUGUAGUAAAGAUACGUAUUAAAUUUGUUAAAGAAGUGUGUGCUCUAAAACUACUCGAACAGGCUUUCACUGGGCUUCUAUCAUUACAUUAAUAAUAUUAUUUUAUAUUUUAGACUAAAAACAAACAAAAAAGAAAAAUAAUUAAAAAAAAAAGUUUAUAAUCGUUAAUAUUUGUUAAUAAUUUUUAAUGUGUAGUCAACAAUGGAGAGAAAAGAAAAUCUUAUCAAACUUAAUAUCUUCUGUGAUCCUAUGAAUAUCUUAAAACAACAGAAAACUUAAUUUAUUUUAAAAUCGUAACAUGACACUUCUUCCUUGAUCAAUUUUGAAAAAAAAUAUCAAAAAUCUUUUUAAUUAAAAUCACUC